CUCGGCCAAUGUCCCAACUUGUCUCCACCAGAGUUUAAUCAACUGCAGUUGGUCAUCUCCCUUUGUCAGCUAAAGGACCGUGCCCAUCAGUAUCGUUGACCAACCCUUGAACGCUUCUCUGACCCUGCUGGUUGUAUUAUCUUACGUGGCAGCAUCAUUUUCCAAACGGAUUACCGACGUAUCGGAGGUCGCUAUCAAGAUGGCGGCAUACGGCGCACAAGCCCAACCAAUCGACCUGGCUACGACCUGGCCAAAGCUGGAGGCGGGGGUUGAUAGAAUUAUGAAUAGGCUGCGCGAUGGUCUAUCAUAUGGCACGUGGAUGGACCUCUAUACACUGAUCUACAAUUACUGCACAAGCAGUCGCAUGAAUACGGGCCUCAAUAACGAGCCAAUCGGUGGUAGCUCGUCAAAUAGAGGAGCGAACCUCAUGGGAGCAGAUCUGUACAUCAACUUGAAAGCAUACCUAAAACAACACCUAGAUGCCUUGAAAACGGAAGCAGACCAGCAGAUGGACGAGGACUUGUUGACAUUCUAUACCCGCGAGUGGAAACGAUACACGACAGCUACCAUGUACAUCCAUCACAUUUUCCGCUACCUGAACAGACAUUGGGUCAAGCGAGAAAUAGACGAAGGUCACAAGACCAUCUAUGAUGUUUACACGUUGACAUUAGUGACUUGGCGGGACCAUUUCUUUGGUGGAGGCCCCGGGACGGUGCAGCAGAAGGUCAUGGACGCGGUGCUGAAGCUCAUCGAAAGGCAACGGAAUGGGGAAACCAUUGAUACCAGCUUGAUCUACAAUGUUGUAGAAAGCUUCGUAUCGCUGGGAUUGGAUGAGAACGAUUCUACAAAGUCCACCUUGGACGUGUACAAAAGAUAUUUUGAAGUACCAUUCCUUGCAAAAACCGAUGCAUAUUACAAGAUGGAGAGUGAGAAGUUUAUCAGCGAAAACACAAUAACGGAUUACAUGAAGAAGGCUGAGGCUCGUCUGGCUGAGGAGGAUCAUCGAGUACAAAUGUACCUUCACUCCUCCACACAAAAAGGCCUGAUCUUGACUUGCGAGACUGUUCUGAUUAAGAACCAUACUGGCCCGAUCCAGGAGGAGUUCCAAAAUUUGCUAGAUCAAGAUAAAGUCGAAGAUCUCAGUCGCAUGUACGGCCUCCUUUGCCGAGUGCCGGAGGGCUUAGAGAAGCUUCGUCUCAUCUUUGAGGUGCACGUACGCAAGCAAGGUCUGAGUGCGGUAGAAAAGGUGGCCGGGUCGAGUGCAGCCCCAGUGAAUGAGGAAGGUGAUGAAGAUGACGAGCCUACGCCGAAGAAGAAGACCAAAAAGUCUGCAGCAGGAGACGUAGAUCCGAAGGUGUAUGUGGAUGCGUUACUCGCAGUACACAGAAAGUUCUCGGCAUUGGUCGAUGAAGCAUUCAAGGGAGAGGCCGGCUUUGGAGCGUCCCUGGAUAAGGCAUGCAGAGAGUUUGUAAACCGGAAUAAAGUAUGCAAGGAGGGCUCCAGCAAAAGUCCAGAACUUCUUGCCAAGCACUGCGAUUCGCUCCUCAAGAAAAACAGCAAGCUCACGGAAGAGCAUGAGGUUGAAGAUGUGCUAAACAGUGUGAUGACCAUCUUCAAAUACGUUGAAGACAAGGACGUGUUCCAAAAGUUUUACCAAAAAUCCCUAGCCAAACGACUUGUGCACGGUUCGUCAGCAAGUGAGGAUAUGGAGGAGUCAAUGAUCAACAAGUUGAAGGACGCCUGCGGGUUUGAGUUCACCAACAAGCUCUCGCGGAUGUUCCAAGACGUUACCCUCAGCAAAGAUAUCAACGAUCAGUUUAGGGAGCAAAUGUCCCGGACCCACGAGAAAGAUGAUCUCACGGAUUUCCAUAUACUUGUUGGAGGCACUGCAUCAUGGCCUUUGCACGCGUCACCAUCCGGGUUCAACAUUCCCAGUGAGCUCCUAAAAACAUACGAACGAUUCCAAAACUUCUACAAUCACAAGUACUCGGGAAGGAAACUGAACUGGCUGUUUCAUCUUGGUAAAGCGGAGCUUAAAACCAAUUACGUUAAGUUGGGCAAGUCACCGUACACGCUUAUCGUAACAAAUUAUCAAAUGGGUGUCCUUUUGCAAUACAACGCGGCGACCACUUACACAUGGGAGGAAUUGCUGAACAGCACAGGAGUAGCACCUGAGCAGUUGGCGGGGCAGAUUGGAACCCUUGUCAAAGGGAAAAUAUUGACUGUAGAAGGAGGCAAAGUAGGAGAGGCAGGCUCACGAUACGAAUUGAACAUGGGAUUCAAGUCGAAAAAGCUUCGCAUCAAGUUGGAUCAACCUGUGAAGGCGGAACAAAAGGCAGAGGCCGAUGACACACAUAAAACGAUUGAAGAAGAUCGGAAGAUGUUGAUUCAGGCCGCGAUUGUUCGAAUUAUGAAAACACGCAAAGUCAUGAACCAUCAGACGUUGAUGGGAGAGGUCAUUUCGCAAUUGAACGCACGAUUCAAGCCCAAGGUUCCAGAUAUCAAGAAAUGUAUUGAUAUCUUACUUGAGAAAGAGUACAUCGAGAGGAUGGAGGGGCAGAAGGACAUGUUUAGUUAUGUUGCCUAAAUAAAAGCUGUUUCUGUUGGAGUGAAGAACGUGCAAAUCGACCUUGUGC